CAAUACGCACUCACACACAUUCACACACACUGCCCGGUGGUGUCUGUACACCAUGGCCUUGCUGGAGCUCGCUAUGCAAGGCUUCUCCAUCUUCGGAUUUAUUUUAUUUAUUGUCCUCUGGCUCAUGCAUUUCAUGUCCAUUAUCUACGUCCGCUUGCAUCUCAAUAAGAAGAGCGGAGAUAAACAGCCGUACAGCAAACUGGCCGGAGUGUCUCUGCUCAAACCUCUGAAGGGCGUCGACCCGAAUCUCGUCAGUAACCUCGAGACCUUCUUCGAGCUCGACUACCCCAAGUAUGAAAUUCUUCUCUGCGUGCAAGACCACGACGAUCCGGCCAUCGACGUGUGUAAAAAGCUUCUGGGGAAAUACCCCGGCGUCGACGCCCGCUUAUUUAUAGGCGGUAAGAAGGUUGGCAUCAAUCCAAAAAUAAACAACCUCAUGCCCGGUUACGAGGGAGCAAAAUACGACCUGGUGUGGAUCUGCGACAGUGGAAUUCGAGUGAGGCCCGACACGCUGACGGACAUGGCCAAUCAGAUGAACGAGAAGGUGGGUCUGGUUCACGGCCUCCCAUACGUCGCAGACCGCCAAGGAUUCGCCGCUACGCUGGAGCAGGUGUAUUUCGGAACAUCACACCCUCGCUCCUACAUCUCAGCUAACGUGACGGGGAUUAAGUGUGUGACAGGAAUGUCGUGUCUGAUGAGGAAGGAUGUUCUGGACCAGGCCGGAGGUCUCAUCGCGUUCGCUCAGUACAUCGCUGAGGAUUACUUCAUGGCCAAAGCCAUCGCCGACAGAGGAUGGAAAUUUUCCAUGGCGACGCAGGUGGCCAUGCAGAACUCCGGCUCGUAUUCCAUCGCUCAGUUCCAGUCACGCAUGAUCAGAUGGGCGAAGCUGCGCAUCAACAUGCUCCCCGCCACCAUCAUCGAGCCCAUCUCGGAGUGCUUCGUGGCGAGUCUGAUCAUCGGCUGGGCGGCUCAUCACAUGUUCCGCUGGGACAUCAUGGUGUUCUUCAUGUGCCACUGUCUCGCCUGGUUCAUCUCCGACUACAUUCAGCUCCGAGGAGUUCAGGGCGGUCCUCCAUCAUUCUCCAAGCUGGACUACGCCGUGGCCUGGUUCAUCCGGGAGUCCAUGACCAUCCAGAUCUUCCUCUCGGCUCUGUGGGAUCCCACCAUCAGCUGGAGGACGGGGCGGUACCGGCUACGCUGCGGCGGCACGGCCGAGGAAAUACUGGACGUAUAAAUAAAAAAGAAAAAAAAGAAAAAAAAAACAGAGGGGAGGUGGGACAAAAGCACCUUGAAGCAGUGGACACACUUGUGACAAAACAGGAAGAGGCGGAGAAGUGGGCGGGGACAGAACAUGCAGGAAUAACUGCUCAUAAUCAUUUCAGAUUUACCUGUGGGAGUUUUAAUUAAGAAGUGAAUCUUUUUUUUAUUUUAUUUUGAUUUUUAAGAACGUGUGUGUGUUUGCGUGUGUGUGUGUGUGUGUGUGUGUGUGUGUGUUGCCAGGCGUGUAGUCGAGUAUAAUGGAGUAUUUAUGUUCUUGGUGCUUUUGCAGGCCUCAUGAUCCGAGUCCCAAAAUGAGCCAAUAAGGAAUGACGUAGAAGGCGGAGGAAGAGGGCGUGUCUUAACGUUGUUCAGUGGAUUUUCGUUUAAAAAAAAGAAAAAAAACAUUUUCUAAAAUGAGUUUUAUUUAUAUUUUUCACGUCCUGUGGUACUGAACAGCAUUGCAUGCACCGGUACAUCGCCAUGGUGAUUAAAGUAGGGAUGAGUCGAUACCGUGACCAGGUGCUGCUACCUGACGUUCGCCUCGCGUACGUUAUUGCGUAUUUCACGCUUGAUGAUCAAAGCGAGUCCCUGAUUGAGCCGCGUACCCGUCUCAGGAUGGACGAGUAUCUAAAAACACGGUGUUCAUUUCAGAGUGAGGCGCAGGUUUAGCGGAUGAUCGCGCUAGGAAAUGAAGAGCGAUGGGUUUUUGCGUUUCAUGCACUGCUGUUUUUCCACAGAUGUCUCUGUUGCUUUUUUUUAACGAAGAUGUCGGAUGACUGAACGUGUAAAAUUUGAUCCGCUAACGAAGAGAGAAUUUUCUCCGUAGUGACUGACGAGCUCGAUCAGUAUUAGUGUGAGAUUUCAGUUGCGGCGUAAACCCUCCAAUCAGCACGCAGCCAAAUAUUUCCACGCCUUGUAGAGUUUAAAAUAUUUCUGUGCCGCUAGGAUUCAGGAUUUUGUUUGUUUGUUUACGCUUUGUUACGAUGUCAUACAUCAAGCUUGAGUUCAGGUUUCAAGUUCAGCGCGUCGUGUCGGCGUUCGCGUCAGUUCCUGGCUGCUAAUCAGGUUAAAAAAUAAAUUAAAAAAAGAUAUUUAUGAAAAAGUUUAGAGGUUUUUGAAAUAUUAGCAUCGCUUUAGAUCGACAGGGCCGUAAAGAAAAAAACAUUGAUUUAACUGAACUUUUAAAAAAAAAAUCCAAAUCCUAGUGUCACAAAUAUUCCGUUAGCGGGAACGCCGUGAGGAUUUUAACGGACGAUUCGGGGGGUUUUUCCCCUGAAUUUGCUUCCUGACCCUGUGCGUGAUACCUGAUUGGAGACGAACCGUAACGGACAGUUAUGCAGUAACGUUAUUUUAUGUUAGCUUGAUGAUGAUUUAUUCUCAGACGGCACGUGACACACCGGAUACGACUCAUGAAGGGCUCUUGGCGGUUCUGAUCGGUCAGAUCAGGUGUGUUCGGGCUGACUGAACCGACUGAAAUGUAGAGUUUAACUCCGCCCCCUGGCCACACCUGUAUAGUUAUUAGUGUGGUGCGUUUCUCUCUGGCCGUGCUGACACGUUCACGACAUGACGCACGUUCCUGUAACCCCCCCCCCCCCCCCCCUUCAUUCACGUGAAAUAAAUAAAAUCUGUGUGUAUUCCACGUAGCUAACAUUAUACGCGUAUACGGCUGUCAGGUUUAUUAAGGAACCUGGUAAAAGGGUCAAAAGCGGCACUUUGUCAUGAAGGCUGAUAGAUUGGAUAGAUUGGACACUUUGUAAUGAUCCCGGUGUUGGAUAUACAGCAACGUGGUUAAAAUGCCACUUGUAUUCCUGCGGUAGUUCCUGAUGAACUUGGAUGGUUUCGUUUGCAAAAUAUAAACAGUUUAAACCAUCGUGACCCUGAGCAGGAUGCAGGACGAAACAAAAGCAGGAAGUGUGACAGUAUUAUACUGAGAUGGUACAUUUUACUGUAUUUUUUUUCCUCGUUCACUCGACUAACAGGAAAUAAACAUCACGUUUUGUGUAAAAACCCGACGCUUCGCUCCAACGCCAAGUUCUCCAUGCUUUUUCUUUUUACGUUUCAUUUCCUCUCUAACCCACUGACCGGUACAGAGGGCUUUCUGAAGGAAAAAACACAUCAGUCAGCAAUAAAAGUCUUAAAGUCCUAGGUUUAGUGUGUGAUAAACACACACGCACGUAUAGAUAUUACUCAUACAGUACACCCGCGCACACACGUGUGUGUGUGUGUGUGUGUGUAUAUAUAGAUAUAUUACUCAUACAGUACACACACACACAGCCCUCUAUUAAACAUUUCAAAAUAUGUACCGCUGUGUUGCAUGUAAAUAGGUGUUAGCUGUGUGUGUGUGUGUGUGUGUGUGUGUGUGUGUGUUGCUGUACUGGUAACGCCGCUGUAGUUAUUAGAAAUAUUACAACAUGAAUUUUUCAAUUGUUCCAUUUUCUGUUCAUGUCCUCUUCCUGAGUGAGAAUGACACACUGUGUGUGUGUGUGCGCGUGUGUGUGUGUGUGUUUGCUUUUACCUUUUUUCAAUACUGUGAGUGAGUGUAUUGUUGUAGUGUAUCUCACGGUGGGGAACUGGACAUUGAGUUGUGUGUUUGACUGAAUUGGUGUGUGUGUGUGUGUGUGUGUGUGUAUAAAAGGCUGGUGGUGUGGCUCACAUUGCAAACAUCAAAUUCCAAAUUGGGGUUACCUUGACUAUCCUUAAACCUGACAUCACCGUGUGUGUGUGUGUGUGUGUGUACACAUCCUUAUAUCUAAACGCAGCACUAAUGAGAUCUUUGUUAGUUCUGGCCCGAACCCCAGCCCCUGGUGGUGUGAAGAUGGGGUGUGUGUGAGAGUGAGAGUGUGAUGGUGUGUGUUCGAUGUGCUGUGACUCCACCAGCCUCGCUCGUGUGUGAAAGAAAGUUCCAGAACAGUCCAGUUGUGAUCCACCGUUACUUAUUUUACACGCUUGAUGCUGAAGACCCGUUUUUAUAAAAAAUAAAAACAUGUACAGUUUAUUUAUGACUUGUUCUGAUUGUUAAAGUGUUAGAAGCUUAAUUUAUUCUGGAACUGGACUUUUUUAUUUCGUAGUUCCUCUCUUUUAUCUGCAGUAUGGAGAAGUAAAACUAUGGCUGGGUUUUUGUUUGUUUGUUU